GGAGCGGGGAGGGGGUUCCGGUCAUCUGUGUCAGAACACAGGCGGUGCGGUGGCGCCAGGCCUGCUCCAGGCCAAGCGGCAGAGACAGCCAACGGGCACCGGGCCUCUCCACUAGGGGGACCUGCGGCCUCCGCGCGGAGCCAGCUUCCGGCCACCACUGAACCCAGGAGAGUGAGGGCUGCCACGAGGGAGCGACACCGGGGGCCACACAGGAGGCGGCAGGAGGCCCCGAAGUGCCAUGGAGUCCCCCAUCGCCAGCUCUCUGCGCCUGCUCCUCUGGCUGCUGCUUCUCCGGCCCCGGCUGGGCGCGGACCCCAGGGACAGCGUGACGCCCCCUUCCCCAGGAGGCAUCCCUAAGGCCGCGCCCUCACCUACAGCGACCUCGAAACCAGAGGUCCUUCCCAAAGCCUGCGGCCAGAGGAGGAUUGUCGGGGGAAGGCCAGCCGCGGAGCGGAAGUGGCCCUGGCAGGUCAGCCUGCAGGUCCAGGGCGAACACGUGUGCGGGGGCUCCCUCAUCAGCAGCCGGUGGGUGCUGACUGCAGCCCACUGCAUACACACUUUUGUGGACUACACGGUGAAGCUGGGAGACACAAACCUGAACCAAACAGCCUCAACAGCCUUUGUGGUCCAAGCCAGAGACAUUGUUAUGCACCAAGAUUUCACCCGAAUUGGAGGACUCUUCAACGACAUCGCCCUGGUGUUGCUGUCCUCCCCUGUGAAUUACUCCACCCACAUCCAGCCCGUGUGCCUCCCUGCCGUGUCCUUCCAGUUAGAAGCUGGUACAGAGUGCUGGGUGACUGGAUGGGGCAAAAGAAGAGAAGAAGAAGAGCCAGGGCAAGAGCCAACUGAGCUUCAGGAGGUGAAUGUGAAAAUAGUUAACCAUGGGGAAUGUAAUUCGCUCCUCAAGAAAAGCCUGAAGGUGUCCAUCAACCCAGUCAGGCAAGGGGCCAUCUGUGCUUACAGUGAAGGAAAGGACUCCUGCCAGGGAGACUCUGGCGGCCCUCUUGCCUGCGAGUUUAAUAAUACAUGGGUACAGAUGGGUGUUGUGAGCUGGGGCAUUGGCUGUGGCCGCAAAGGACUUCCAGGAGUCUAUACAGAUGUCCGUUACUACAGGGACUGGAUUGUGAGACACAUGAGUCGGUCUACACGCUGGGACUCAGCCAGCUUCCUCAUCCCAUGCCUGUGUCUGCUGCUGCACCUGGCACCCUGGUGACCCCAUGCUCAUCCUGCCCGCUCCCCCUGUUCUGAGUCUUCCACUAGGCCCCUCCUCUGACCCCCUUUUCCUUCCAAUGCCCUGGCUUCAAGUUCCGGUUUGACCCCUCACCCCUGGGGAGCCCACAGUGGAGCAGAGGAGGGGACUGGGCCUGCAAAGGGUCCGGCCCGGUGCUCUGGUCACCUGCUUCUCACACCUACACCUGGCCUGCUCUGCCUGAGGGAAAGAGGUGAGGCCUGGCCAGAGGCCCAGCGUCCUGCCGGGGGAGCCCGGUGACCCCAGACGUGUUGGAGAACAUCUGCAAAGCAGAGGCGUCCCCUGUGGUGGAGCAGAUCCUAGACCCGGCCUUGGUGUCAGGCUGUGCCCUGAGCCUGUGAGAGGUCAGCCAGCUGGGGACUGGAGAGAGAGAGAGAAGGAGGCUGGGACUUCCACGUGGGGCUGUGUCUGGGCUGGCAGAAAUUCCCUACAUUGUGGCCCGGGCCCAUGUCUCAGGAACAGCCUGGGGAGCAGCAGCCUUGGCUGGGGUCCCUGGUCCAGCUCUUCCUUGCUCACGGUCCUUGUGGCUACUCCACGGGUAAUCCAAGUUUGUGUUGAGGCUGUUUUGGAGUGUGCAGACUUCAGAGUGUACCGAAUAAACGUUUGG